ACUUAACAAACAAUUCAUUUCUCGCUCUGUCUACCAUCGGUCAAUCUCAUAUCCUUGUUCAGCUUCUCUCUGACUCUACGGCCGUGGAUAGUAUUACUACAGUAGCCACAACAAAGUGCUUUGUUAGAUUCCAUCACCACCUACACCACAAGAGAGAGAGAGAGACCAAAUGGACACUAGCAAGUAUAGACCUGUGAGUGUGAGCCUGUGAUGGAUCGAGCUUAGCUUUUAGAUCCUAGAGAGAGAGGGAGGGAGGUGGGAUUAAGAUGAUAGUGAUGGACAGGGGGGGUGGUGGUGGAGGAGCAGUGGACGACAUGGGGGAGGGGAUGCAGUGCAGUGACCAUCCUUACAGAAACAAUCCAGGUGGCAUCUGCGGCUUCUGCUUACAAGAGAAGCUGGGUAAGCUACUGUCCUCUUCCAACCCCUCCUUUUUUCCCGCUCUCCCUACUUCCUCCUCCUCCUCCUCCUCUUUCAGGUCCUCCGAAGGUGGUGGUGGUGCCGUCCUUGGCCUCACUACCGCCACCACCACCUCUACUUCCUCUGUCUCAGUCCGUCCUUCCUUAUCUUCCAACAAUACCCAAUAUCGUCGGUACCACCACCACAAUCGGAUCCCCUUUCUCUUAGCCCAGAAGAAACACAAGAAGGCAGAUUUGGCCCCUUGUGAAUCCAAUGUCGUUCUCAAUAGAUGCAAGUCUUCCACUGCACCCAAUCGGCAGUUCUUAGACGCUGACGACUACAACCCAUGCAAGAGAGGCUUCUGGUCCUUCCUUCACCUCUCCACCAAAAGGAGAAGCCACAGCGACAGAGAUUCCAAGCCUUCCAUCCACCCAGCCAUCACCAGUCAAGCAGCAAUAAAAGACAAGGCAGCAGUGCCCUCAUCGUCGAAGAAGGCCGACUACGGGGACGAGAAUGAGAGUCCAAACAGUAGCCAUGCCUUGUCAUCCGGCCGCAAGGUUGCCAGAUCCAGAUCUGUUGGAUGCGGCAGCAGGAGCUUCUCUGGGGACUUCCUUGAGAGGAUAUCUACUGGGUUCGGUGACUGCACGCUUCGCAGAGUGGAGUCGCAUAGAGAGACCAAACCCAAGAUCGUCAUGCACGGUGAUGUGGCAGCAGAGGAACACCAACGCAUCAAAGAGAGGGUUAGGUGCGGUGGCAUCUUCCGUGGUUUUAGCAUGUCCUCGUCAUACUCGUCGUCUUACUGGCUCCCAGAGGUGAAUGGUAGGACCUCGGCUGCAGCAGCAGAGGCAAGGGGGACACCGCAUAGUCGGAGUAGAAGCUGGGGUUGGGCUUUUGCUAGUCCAAUGAGAGCCUUAACGAGACCUUCUAAGGAAGGCUGAUAAUAAGGUCAUGGUGGUUAACGCUUCUAACAUGAACACCAUCGCCAUUCGCCUUCCUCUCUGCCAAAAACAAGAUCAACACGCCCAACUUGGCUCAUUGGCUGCCAUUCCUUCGUUGUUGACGGUGCGUGGUUAAAGGCCUAUACACACGUUACGGAAUUGUUUUUUUCCUUUUUCAUAUUAUUUUUUCGCUGUUUUGAUCUCUUCUUUCAUCAACAGGGUUGUAUGGUUGGUGUUUUGUUUUCUUUUUCAUAUAAUUUGUUAGCUGUUUGGAUCUCUUCUUAUGUGAACAGGGUUGGAUUAUUGGUACUCUCUUUAUCU